AUGGCUGACGGCUCUAUUUGUUCCACUGACGCUCCUUCUUGCACUGGUGUUCCUCUCCUUUGUUCCGAGUCUUCGAUUCCCUCUACCACAACUCGUGAGACUCUUGCGACCACAGAAGUUCCUUCUCCAACUGCUUCUCUUCGUGGUAGCACUACUGGCAGUCCCUUCACGACCAAGCCUACUGUAACUAACAAACCCUCGUCUAGUGUGGACUGCACUGCUGUUUGUGAAUCCUUGACGGGUUGCUCCACCUCCUACUGUGCUGACUGGGCGUACCCUGCUGUUUGUCACGGUCUCGGUACUACUGCUGGAGGAUCGCCUUGUGUGUUGGGUGACCCUUCCUGUACAGAGACACCUUUGUUUUGUGGUGGUUCUGACACUUCUACUCGAGCUUCCGUACCCACUGAUGUGAUGACUACAACUACUCGAGUCGUCCCUACUACGUCCCUUCCAACUACUGUUACUACUGGGACCAGCACCACACAACAACCUACAGCGUCUAUCGCAUCUAACCCUGGUAGCAGUCCACAGUCGGGUUGUCCUGACGUACUGCCCGAAUCUGACGUAUUCUGGUGGAUCGAGUGGCCCUCUAUGGAUUCCACAAUUGAUGACUGGACUACGUACUACCGCCGCAUAUUCGACCUUCUUACCAAUAACUGUGCUUACAUGAGAGUGACUAAGCUUAUGCUCCGCGUGUUGGAUCCUGAAUUCCCCUCGGGUUCCGAUGCUUCUCAUCGCGUGUGGUAUCCCAACGGCGAUGUUACUCAAAGUGUCAUGUACACAGAGUUGCUUUCUAAGCUCGAUCAAACGUCUGUGCGUGAGCUGGAGAUGAUGCCCUAUGUGUUCGAUGAGCCUUCCCGACAGUCUUGGUUGAAAUGGGCUCCUGAAAACGGUGGUCCGAUGUCUGGCGCCUACGCGUUCGCCGCCGAGUACAACGAACAUCUUACCAGCGUCAAAUUCACCGGCUUAACGACAGAUUACGAGGAGCUCGAACAAUCCACAAGUGAUUAUGCGCUUCUCACCGAUCCUCAAGGCGAAUCUGCUUUCAAGGGUGGUCAUCUCGAGCUCGACUUCGGCAUUGGUCUUGGCUACUACCAAUGGUCUAGGUUCCCCCUUUACACAUGGACGCAACAUUUCUAUAUGGAAGUUUACGACAUCGUCACUCCAUUUGGAGGAGUCGAUAAUACUGAUCAGUCCCGGUUCUUGCUCUACAAGGAUGAUCCGGAGGCUAUGGUGAAUUACAUCGUUAACGAAGUGUUGGACGCUAACACCAAAGCGGCCUUUUCGGAAUACAGCGAGCGAGCCCAUCUUAUGUGGUCUAUACAGUCUAUGGGUCUUCCUUGUCAGUACCCUCUGAAUAACGGUAACUGCGGAGAUAACCACGAGUUUGGUGAGUGGUCAUCCCAAGCUUUCAAUCAGUUCUUGCAGCUAAUCUUGCCCGCUUUGGGUACAGGACAGCAGCAAGGGGUUUACCAAAUUGACUAUCUUCCUUAUCAGAUGAUGCCUGUGAACAUGCGUACAUGUCAUAGUUUCGGCUGUGACCAGUAA